UUUACUUUUUGCUAUUUUGGGGAGUUUCAGUAAGAUUAUGUUUGUUUCAUUGGAUUAUGCCAUCUUGUAUGAUUUGAGGAUUUCGGUUAAACUACAAUGAAUUGGUUUAAAAACAUUUUGUUCAUCUGUCAUUUUUUCUUAAGUGGUGAUUUUGUUAGUGAUGAAAUGAAGCCAGAUGAAGUGAAGUCAGUGUCAGUGACUGAGGGAGAUUCUGUUACUCUACACACUGGUAUUACUGGAAUAAAGAGAGAUGAUCUGAUACUGUGGAUGUUUGUAUCUCAAGAGACUCGUAUAGCUCAAAUAUAUAUGAAAGACAUUUGGUACAUGAAGGAGAUUUUUGGAGACAGACUGAAGCUGGACAGUGAAACUGGAUCUCUCACCAUCACAAACAUCAGAAUCACACACACUGGACUUUAUAAACUACAGAUCUUCAGGAAAACAGAAACUAAGUUCAAGAGAUUCAGUGUUAUUGUCUAUGCUCCUCUGUCGGAUCCUGUCAUCACCAGAAAAUCUUCAUCGGGAAGUUCAUCAAACUCAAAAUGUGUGUUAUUGUGUUCAGUGUUGAAUGGGAGAGAUUUGAGUCUGUCCUGGUACAAAGGAAACAGUUUAUUGUCCAUCAUCAGUGUGUCUGAUCUCAACAUCAGACUUUCUCUACCUCUGGAGGUUGAAUAUCAGGAUACAAACACAUACAGCUGUGUGGUGAGCAAUCCCAUCAAACACCAUACUCAACAUCUUGACCAUCAGAAAUGUUCAGGACUUUCUCUCUCUGAACUCAAGCAUCCUCUUGUAGUUGUUAUUGUGUUGUUGGUUUGGCUCAUUCUUUAGCUGGGGUGAGUUACUGUUUCAACCAGCAAGAGAAGGCGGGUGCCUAAUGCAAAAAUGUGAAAUAGUUUUUAACUGAUAUUAUAUUUUUAUAUAUUUCAAUAAAUGUC